AUGGGUUGCAGUUGUAACAAAGCUUCAAGAGUCGCAAACCUAGAUAAAUCACGUUGUGGUAAAAAACCCAAAAAUUGUCAUGGACAGGACGUUCCAAACUUUCCUGACCUAAGUAAGCACAACAACUGGAUGGCAAAAUGUCUAACACCAGCCAUUUACAGUAACUUAAGAAACAAGAGGACGCCAGGGGGAGUCACGUUGGAUCAAUGCAUACAAACAGGGGUGGAUAACACUGGACAUCCAUUCAUUACGAUUGUAGGAUGUGUAGCAGGCGACGAAGAGUGUUAUAAGAUAUUUGCUGAUUUAUUUGAUCAAGUCAUAGAAAAACGUCAUGCUGGUUACAAAAAGACGGACAAGCACAGGACGGAUCUGGAUUGGACAAAAAUAACAGAUGGCAAUCUUGAUCCUGAAUAUGUUCUCUCAUGUCGAGUGAGAACAGGUCGAAGCAUCAGAGGACUGGCACUACCUCCUAGUUGCACACGUGCUGAACGUCGUGAGGUAGAAAAGAUCGUAUGUGAUGCAUUGAAUCAACUAGACGGGAUAUACAAAGGAAAGUACUAUCCUCUGAAGACGAUGUCCGAGGAAGACCAAGAACAGUUGAUAGCAGAUCACUUUUUGUUUGACAAACCAGUUUCUCCGCUCCUGACGUCAGCAGGCAUGGCACGUGACUGGCCAGACGCUCGUGGAAUCUUUCACAACGAUGCUAAAAACUUUCUUGUUUGGAUAAACGAAGAGGACCACACUCGCGUCAUUUCUAUGGAAACGAGCGGGAAUAUGAAAGACGUAUUUCAAAGAUUUUGCGAGGGAUUAAACAAAGUCGAAACAGCAAUAAAAUCCAAAGGACGUGAGUUCAUGUGGAAUGAACAUUUGGGUUACAUCCUCACCUGCCCGAGCAAUUUAGGAACAGGCCUACGAGCAGGAGUGCACAUCAAACUCCCCUUGUUGAGCGUUCACCCAAGAUUCAAAGAAAUGCUUUCCAGACUUCGGCUUCAAAAACGCGGAACUGGUGGCGUGGACACUGAAUCAACAGAUGCAACGUUCGACAUUUCAAAUCUCGACAGAAUUGGCUACUCCGAGGUUGAGUUGGUUCAAAGUGUUAUUAAUGGAAUUAAUCAUUUGGUAAAGUGCGAGAAAGCCUUGGAACAGAAUCUGAGUAUUGAUGAUCACAUCAAUGCAUUGAGAGUUGAUGAUAAAACGGACACAAUCGACAACUUUCCAGAUCUUACAAAACACAAUAACUGGAUGGCAAAAUGCUUGACGAAAGAAUCGUAUGGAAGAAUGUCAAAGUUAAGGACCAGCACAGGAUUCACUAUUGAUCAAGCGAUACAAACAGGGAUCGAUAACCCAGGACAUCCUUUCAUCAUGACCGUCGGCUGCGUAGCUGGAGACGAGGAAAGUUAUGAAAUCUUUGCAGAGCUAUUUGAUCCCGUCAUUGAAGCAAGGCAUAAAGGCUACAAGAAAACUAACACUCAUAAGACAGAUCUGGACCCCAGCAAUCUGAUUGGUGGAGACGAUUUAGAUCCCAACUACGUAUUUUCAUGUCGCGUGAGGACUGGACGUUCCAUCAAAGGUCUCAGUUUACCCCCACAUUGCACACGCGCUGAACGUCGAGAAGUGGAGAAACUUUCAACUCAGGCACUUGAGAAAUUGGACGGUCCAUUAAAGGGAAUCUAUUAUCCAUUGUCUAAUAUGAGCGAGGCUGAACAAGAUCAACUGAUUGCCGAUCAUUUCUUGUUUGAUAAACCUGUUUCACCACUCUUAUUGGCUUCGCGAAUGGCACGUGACUGGCCUGAUGCUAGAGGUAUCUGGCAUAAUAACGAUAAGAAUUUCCUGGUAUGGGUUAAUGAAGAAGACCAUCUACGUGUUAUUUCUAUGCAGAAAGGAGGAAAUAUGAAAGAGGUGUUCACACGUUUCUGUGAAGGUCUCACAAAGGUGGAGGAAACUAUCAAGUCCCAAGGUUAUGGUUUCAUGUGGAAUCAACAUCUUGGCUAUAUCCUUACAUGCCCAUCAAAUCUAGGGACGGGCCUGCGUGCAGGUGUACAUGUCAAACUCAGCAACCUCUGUCAGCAAUCUCGUUUUGAUCUAAUCCUGGCAACACUGCUGCAGCGCCGAGGCACAGGAGGUGUAGAUACAGAAAGUACAAAUGGAGUGUUUGAUAUUUCCAACUUAGAUCGAUUGGGAUCAUCUGAGGUUGAACAGUGUCAGGCAGUGGUGAAUGGUGUUAAAUUACUUGUAGAAAUGGAAAAGAGACUGGAAGCUAAUGGGACCAUUGAUGAUCUCAUGCCCAAGAUUCAGAAUAAAUAACUGACCUAGCUGACUGAUGAUAAAACUGGAAAAAAUUUGACAUAAAUCUGUAUUGAAAGCAUACUGAAGGCUCUGUAUUCAAGAAGAACAAUAAUAAAUAAUAACUGACAGUCUUAA